UUAAUAUGGCCAAAGUGACAACAGAAGAUGUCCUGGACAAGAUCAGUCAGGGUCACCUGGAGUGCACAAUUUGCAUCCAACGCUUCAACCGUCCCAAAAUCCUCGACUGCUUCCACAGCUUUUGCCUUGAAUGCCUUGAGGAUUACAAACUCACCCAAUAUCCAUCAAGCCCUAAACUUCCAUGCCCAAUCUGCCGAAAGGAAACUGUCCUGCCUGACAACAGAAUUGCUGGUCUCUCCAACAACUUUGCCAUGAUUGCACUGGUCGAGGAAUUCACUCACCAGAGAAACCUCUUGAAGAGGCAGAAGUCGAGGAUAGUGUGCGAAGUUUGCGAAGUCGAUGAGGCAAUUUCCAGAUGCAUUGACUGUGCAGAGUACCUGUGCUGCGAGUGCCAGAGAGCACACCAACGGGCAGUGAAGACGAAGAAGCACGAGAUUGCGACCCUGGAGGAUCUGCAGUCGGGGAAGGCAACCUUCAAGAGCAAGAUGCGAAAUGAGGUACCUAAGUACAAGAAGCACUCCAACCAAGAGGUCUUGAUCUGCGCUGACUGCACCACUGUAGACCACUGCAAACCAUCUCAUACAUAUGAGGACAUCGAGGCAGCAGAAAUGUCAUUCCGAAAUGAGGCCCGAUACUGCACUCCAAAAAUCCCGCACACCCAGCGAGGAAUGUACGCAGCCGGCCAAGUCGCCCAUGUCUGCAACCCAUGCUGGCCACAGCCUCAAGCUCGUCCCCUUACCCCUUUAUUCCAGAAUACAUGUAUGCCUGCUGGAGGUAGGCGCCGCUUUGCACAGAACCUGCGUACCCCUGCGCCUGGCGCGACGCCCACCCAUCUUGUUCAUCCUAGAGUUUUGCAGCAGCCAGCUCCAUAUGCCCAACACGUCACCACCAUCUCUGGCAAGGAACCCAUAACCCCCAGCAUGUUGGCCGCCGCCACCCCUCAGCAACAGAAGCAGAUGUUCAGAGAGCGUCUCCUCCCAUUGAUCAAACGCAGUCACGGCCAGCUGGCCGGUAAGAUCACUGGUAUGCUGCUGGAGAUUGAUAACUCAGAAUUGCUGCAUAUGCUGGAGUCCUACGAACUCCUCAAAGCCAAGGUGGAUGAAGCUGUGAAUGCUCUGAAGGCCCACCAGGCCAAGAAAGGACCAACCCUCUCCAAUGCCCAACGCAUCACCACUUUCUCCGGCCAGGAACCCCUAACCCCAAGCAUGUUGGCUGCCGCCACCCCACAGCAACAGAAGCAGAUGUUGGGAGAGCGUCUCCUCCCAUUGAUCCAACGCAGUUACGGCCAGCUGGCCGGUAGGAUCACUGGUAUGCUGCUGGAGAUUGAUAACUCCGAGUUGCUGCAUAUGCUGGUUUCCUACGAACUCCUCAAAGCCAAGGUGGAUGAAGCUGUGAAUGCUCUGAAGGCCCACCAGGCCAAGAAAGGACCAACCCUCUCCAAUGCCCAACGCAUCACCACUUUCUCCGGCCAGGAACCCCUAACCCCCAGCAUGUUGGCUGCCGCCACCCCACAGCAACAGAAGCAGAUGUUGGGAGAGCGUCUCCACCCAUUGAUCAAACGCAGUCACGGCCAGCUGGCCGGUAAGAUCACUGGUAUGCUGCUGGAGAUUGAUAACUCCGAGUUGCUGCAUAUGCUGGAGUCCUACGAACUCCUCAAAGCCAAGGUGGAAGAAGCUGUGAAUGUUCUGAAGGCCCACCAGGCCAAAGACGGACCAACCCUCUCCAAUGCCCAACGCAUCACCACUUUCUCCGGCCAGGAACCCCUAACCUCCAGCAUGUUGGCUGCCGCCACCCCACAGCAACAGAAGCAGAUGUUGGGAGAGCGUCUCCACCCAUUGAUCAAACGCAGUCACGGCCAGCUGGCCGGUAAGAUCACUGGUAUGCUGCUGGAGAUUGAUAACUCCAAGUUGCUGCAUAUGCUGGAGUCCUACGAACUCCUCAAAGCCAAGGUGGAAGAAGCUGUGAAUGUUCUGAAGGCCCACCAGGCCAAGGACGGACCAACCCUCUCCAAUGCCCAACGCAUCACCACUUUCUCCGGCCAGGAACCCCUAACCUCCAGCAUGUUGGCUGCCGCCACCCCACAGCAACAGAAGCAGAUGUUGGGAGAGCGUCUCCACCCAUUGAUCAAAUGCAGUCACGGCCAGCUGGCCGGUAAGAUCACUGGUAUGCUGCUGGAGAUUGAUAACUCCGAGUUGCUGCAUAUGCUGGAGUCCUACGAACUCCUCAAAGCCAAGGUGGAAGAAGCUGUGAAUGUUCUGAAGGCCCACCAGGCCAAGGACGGACCAACCCUCUCCAAUGCCCAACGCAUCACCACUUUCUCCGGCCAGGAACCCCUAACCUCCAGCAUGUUGGCUGCCGCCACCCCACAGCAACAGAAGCAGAUGUUGGGAGAGCGUCUCCACCCAUUGAUCCAACGCGGUCACGGCAAGCUGGCCGGUAAGAUCACUGGUAUGCUGCUGGAGAUUGAUAACUCCGAGUUGCUACAUAUGCUGGAGUCCCACGAACUCCUCAAAGCCAAGGUGGAAGAAGCUGUGUAUGUUCUGAAGGCCCACCAGGCCAAGGAAGGACCCGCCAAGCAAACCAUUGCUCAACAGAAGUAAAGACAGGCAGGAAGUCCAAGUACCAGAUAUUGGGCAGUUUCCUGUUGUUCGUAG